CAAAGAUAAAUGGCUGAGUGAGAUAGACUACCAGUAAGUGACCAUGGACAAAACGGAUAUUCUAAAACCUUUCAUGGAUGUUGGUCGGGGUCCACUUAUUAUUGAUGGUGGACUGGCAACAGAACUGGAAUCAACAGGUUGUAAAUUACAGGGAGAUCCUUUGUGGAGUGCAAGGCUGCUACAUACUAACCCACAGACUAUUAAAGAUGCUCAUUACAGGUUUCUGUGUGCUGGUGCUGAUGUGAUAACUACAGCCACAUACCAGGCUAGUGUUGAGGGCUUCACCAGGCACCUGGAUGUCACCCCUGAACAGGCCAACCAACUCAUCAUGUCAGGAGUGACCCUGGCCAGAGAGACUGUCAAACACUUUAUGGCUGACCAGCCUCCAUCAGAUCGCAGGGUGCCUCUGGUGGCAGGCUCUGUUGGCCCUUACGGGGCCUUUCUGCACAACGGCUCGGAGUACACUGGCGCUUACGCUGCGGAGAUGAGUGUUGAGGAACUGAAAGCCUGGCACCGCCCCCAGGUCCACUGUCUAGUUACAGCAGGGGUCGAUCUCAUUGCCAUGGAAACCAUCCCAAGCGUGAAGGAGGCAGAAGCUCUGGUGGAGCUGCUCAGAGAGUUUCCAGAUUCUAAAGCAUGGCUGGCCUUCUCCUGUAAGGAUGGCCAGUGUAUAUCUGACAGCAGUCGUUUCUCUGAGGCUGUCCUGCUGGCCAGUAGGUCCAGUCAGCUGGUGGCUGUAGGGGUGAAUUGCUGUCCUCCAGCCCUGGUCAAGCCCCUCCUAGACUCAGCCAGGACACAGAGGAGACCAGGGCUCGGCUGGGUGGUUUACCCCAACAGUGGAGAGGAGUGGGAUACAUACUCUGGGUGGAGAAAACCAGAGAAUAGAUUAUCUUCAAUAGCUGAAUUGAGUCUGGAGUGGAUGAAACAAGGGUCUGCACUUAUAGGAGGGUGUUGCCGCAUCAGUCCUGCUCACAUAGCGGAGCUACGAAGACAGAUACAUGGAAACAUGUCUGGGUCUGACGCUUCACAGCGGGGACAGGGAAGACCUUAAGACAGAUACAUGGAAACAUGUCCUACAUGGAAACAUGUCUGGGCCUCCGAUGCUUCACAGCGGGGACAGGGAAGACCUUAAGACAGAUACAUGUCUGGGCCUCCGAUGCUUCACAGCGGGGACAGGGAAGACCUUAAGACAGAUACAUGGAAACAUGUCUGGGUCUUUGACGCUUCACAGCGGAGACAGGGAAUGAGCUCUUAUUACUGCAACAGUAUGUAAUCACACAGUCAGAUUAUGCAAUUAAUAACUAUUUUAAAAUGACACCUUUUGAUAUGAGUUUAUAUAAAUGAUUUAUUAACCCUCAUACUAGCAACAUAUGUUAAAUAAAGAGCAUUUGGAUUGUAUUUACAUCCCUUGACUUUUUUUUAACGUUACAGCUUUAUUCUAAAAUUGAUUUUUUUAUAACAAUUGAUUACUUUUUCCACAUUUUGUUGUUACCACCUGAAUUUAAAAUAGAUUAAAUUGUCAUUCUUUGUUACUGUCCUACACACAAUACCACAUAUCAAAGUGGAAUUGUGUAUUUAAAAAAUAUAUAUAUAUAUAUAUAUAUUUAAAAAGCUGAAAUGUCUUGAGUCAAUAAGUAUUCAACCCCUUUGUUAUGGGAAGACUAAAUAUGUUGAGUAAUAACAAUGUGCUUAACGAGUAGCAUAAUAAGUUUCAUGGACUCUGUGUUCAAUAAUAAUGUUUAACAUGAUUUGUGAAUGACUUCCUCAUCUCUGUACCACACACAUACAAUUAUCUGUAAGGUCCCUCAGUGGACCAGUGAUUUAACCAUAAAGACCAAUGAGGUUUUCCAAUGCCUUGCAAAGAAGGGCACCUAUUGGUAGAUGGGUUAAAAAAAAUAAAAAAAAGACGCAGACAUUGAAUAUC